AUGAUAUAUUUACAGGAAUCUGAGGAUAAAGAAGAUAACAAUCCAAGUCAUGUAGAAAAUGGUGUAGUGGUAACGCCAAGUAAUACAGAACUGGAUGAUAAUGGAGUUGGCUUCUACAGAACGCUGCUGCCACAGUUUUUGAUGACAUUUGUUAUGAAGAGAUGUUUAGCAUUUAUGGCAUUGCUCCAUGGUUUUGGCGAGUACAGCAAAAAUAUGUUACUAUUCGACUUGGGUAUGGCUGUGGCAUUUCCUACGAUAGUAAUACCAGAUCUUAUGGGAGAAGAUAGCUCUAUCCGAUUAAAUAUAGUUCAAAUUUCUUGGUUUGGAAGUUUAGCAUACAUCUGCCAACCUUUGGGAAGUUUGGCAUCGGGCGUUUUCCUGGAAGCUUUAGGAAGAAAACGGGCAAUGUUAUUAGUUACUCUGCCCCAUAUAGCCGCCUGGAUAAUCAUGUUUUUUGCUGGAAAUCAAGCCAUGCUUUUUACUGGAGCCGUUCUUCUUGGUCUUGGAGUUGGCUUCAUGGAAGCUCCUAUAUUGACCUAUGUGGGAGAAAUAUGUCAGCCACGGUUUCGAGGUAUUUUAACAGCCAUGGCAGGCGUUUCAGUACUUUUGGGCGUUUUUCUCACUUAUCUUUUGGGUACCACGUGGCAUUGGCGCACUGUUGGUGGAGUUUUGUCCAGUGUUCCGAUCAUCACAUUUUUUGCCAUCUGUUUUAUUCCUGAAACUCCUAUGUGGUUACUAUCGAAAGGCAGGCGAGAAGAUGCUUUGAAAUCACUAUGCUGGUUAAGAGGUUGGGUUACUCCUGAUAAAGUUGAAAAGGAGUUCCGUGAAAUUGAACAAUAUGCCAAGACAAUAAGUCAAUGUACUGAAUGCCGUAAAAAACGUCUGCAAGAAGCUUGUCCGCAUGGAGGAGUCAAAGGUUGGGCCGAAACCCGUCGCACCAUGAAAGCAGCUUUGCGCCGAACAACUCUUAGGCCUGCCUUAUUGGUUUUAGGAUUUUUCGUGUUCCAUCAAUUCAAUGGUUUGCAUAUGUUCCGGCCUUAUAUGGUGCAAGUCGUACGAGCCUUGGGAAUACCUCUGGACGCUCAUUGGGCCACGGUUGUGGUCAGCGUCGUUGGUCUUGUUGGCAACAUAGCCUGCAUGAUACUCAUCAAACUACUUGGCAAACGUAAAUUGGCCAUCGUGUCAAUGCUUGGUUGUGCUUUAUCAGCCCUGUUGAUUGGAGUUUGGGCUAAAGUGGCUUUAGACCCAUGGGUCAAGUCUACUGAUUCCCAGUUGCCACCAGAAUUAGGCGAAUAUGCGGAAAAUGCUUGGAUGCCAUUGGUUUUGUUUAUUGGUUUGGCAUUCUUCAUGAGUGUUGGAGUUUCGCCAAUCCCCUGGAUCAUGCUGAGCGAGGUGUUUCCUUACCAAACCCGAGGAAUGGCAAGUGGAACCACGGCAGCCCUCAACUACGUUGUUGCAUUUGUGGCCACUAAGAGUUAUUUGGAUCUUGAGCGCCUCCUGGGCCUCCAGGGGAUGUUUUAUGCUUUUGCAGCAGUCUCUUUCCUCGGCAUCGGAUACAUCUAUCUGCUUCUUCCUGAAACUGAAGGCAGGACUUUGCAAGAAAUCGAGGAGUAUUUUGGUGGCAAAAAUCGUAAACUGAUGAAGUCAAUAAGACCCACAAAACCAGAAACCAAAAAUGGUGGAGUUGUACGUGAUGGAACAGUUUUGCAAAAUGGUGCUUCUGUACCAAAUGGUGAAGUUAUACAAAAUGGCGAUGCAAAACAAACCAAAUUUACGUCAAUUUCUGAAAAUGCUGGCCAUGAGAACAAAAGUUAUACUCCUGAUGAACAAAAUGAAGAAGUUGAAAGAAAUAAUGCGAUAAAUUUAUCAAAUGGACAAGGUCUGAAAAUGGCUGAUGAAGACAUUUCGAAAAGUGAUAUCGUUGAGAAUAAACUAUAGUAUUAUUUUUAUAGAAAUGAUCAAUUAGAUAAUAUCAGGUAAUUGCAUAUAGAAAAACCAGACUUGAUGGAGUCUGUUUUUUAAUUAAUAUCUUCACAUAAAAAA